AUGUCCCAAGUCAUCUACCUCAGCUUUGCACUUGUCUGUUGCUAUUUCGGUUCUGCCAGUGGUAUCUUGCGAGUGAUGACUUUCAACACUUGGCACGCCGGAACGCUCGUGAAGAACGGUCUCCAGAAGAUUGCUAAACACAUCCUUCUGGUAAAUCCAGACAUUGUGGGGCUGCAGGAAGUGGACAAUGUAUACGUGGUCAGCAAUCUUACUGAAAUGCUUGGCAAACCGUGGAUUGGUAUACAUCAUAGAAAUCGAACAUCACCAGAUACCGCUGUCCUGACUAAGCAUAAGUUCCAUUCAAAUUCCUAUGCCGACAUCACAAGAGGUAUGGGAAUACGAAUCCUUGUUGAUUCACGGUUUUUCGUCAAUUUCUGGUCGCUACAUCUUGACCCUCGUCUUUAUGGACCAUACGCCGCUUACAACAAGAUGGUGACAUCCGUGGAUCAAAUCCUUGCACGAGAAAGACCCACACAUCACGCA